UUCGAAUCCGUCGGGCUUUUUCGAAGACUUCGCUGCGUUUGGGCCGUCCACCCAACCUCGGGUGACUUGAUGACCUGAAGACGCUCUCGGUUGUCGUCGAUGGACCGCACUGCAGCGCUGCAGCGGAUGCGGCACUAUGAGGAGGUCUCGGCAGAGCACCUGGCCUUUCGCCAGUCCUUGGGCUCUGAGCUUCGACUCCGCAGCUGGCGCCGUGCACGCGUGCCAGUGGCUGAAGCCGUCCUGGAUGAUGAAGAGAACGCGUACCGCUUCUUGCGGACGACGCACUUUCUGAGCGGAAACCGCUCGUGCUUCAACUCCACCUGGGCAGCCCGGAGGUGCUGUCGGCAGCGGACCCGCAGCCGAUCUUGCUUCGAUGUUCACCGUUCAGCACACUUGUGUUGCUACAGCCACGAACGUCCUGAAGAUCGGCUCUUCGCUCCAGCGCCCGGGCGAAGCGCGACGGCGUUAGAGGUUCGAAACUGUUCUGCUCUGGAAGCGCUGGCAGAUGCUGGGAUUCUCACAUGGGUCGAGGCCCUGCUCGGCUUGGCGCCGCAGCAGCAGGGCCCCUGCCUCGCUGGGUCCCUCGCGCCGCGCCUCGCGCGGGCGCCGCAGGAGGCGGCCGCAGCCGCCAUGGCACGGCUGAGCGCCGCGUGGCGCGUGCGGUGCCCGGCACGGGCGGCAGGGAAUGCGGCGCGGCGGAACUUGCUGCUGUGGACGGAAGACUCCCCCCACGUCGCGGCCGAGGAGGUGGCUCGAGCGCUGGCCACGCUGCGGCACUGCGCGACGGGGAACGAGCCAGUGCAGCAGCUGCAUGUGGCGAAGACAGCCGGCACGUGGCGGUGGCUGCAAGACUUGAUUUGCACCGGGAGAGGUAGACCUGGACCUCGGAAGAGACACUGGAGACCUUUUCUCCAGCGGAAAACGAACCAUUUGUUUGGAGGGUUGUAUUUGACAGGGGUCUCAAAGGACGCGUGAGGUGAGGUUUGGACUCCAAUUGGACAUCAGACUGGUCAUUAGUUAGUUAUAUAAGUUAUAUAAUUAUAUAAUGUUUACUUCAUUUUGAUUCCUUAGUUAUAGGUCCCCCCCACACCCACACCAAGAAAACACUUUUGUAGCAAAUCUAUGUUGGCUUUUGCCUCUAAACUUGUGCAGGAUUUCUGAGUGCUUGAGUUCGAUAGCAGUGGAAGAGCGGGACUGAGUACAUCAACACGUUUUUGUGUCGGAGAGGCUUUGGUUCUAGAUGACUUGGUACUUGGUUCCUAGUUUUGUGUGGACUCCACAUUGAAUAAUAUUCUUAGAUGAGGUUGCCCAGCACCGCACAUGCGCUUUGGAGCAUUUUUGGUCAAAUCACGAAAGCUAGCGAAGCUAGCUGGAGUUACUCUUGCGAUAGCAAGGUUUCUUUCGAUCGGGUGCAAAUCCUAACCCCUGAUCUUUCAGGUCGAAGCCCCCCCCCU